CUUUGGGGAAAAAAGGGACUGUUGAAAGGUGUGACACCAGGACCCUUCUUCCCAUCCUCCCGGAAUUGGAGGAAGGUGACCCCUCCUAAGUGAGAUAAUUGGGGCAUGGCUGCCAGGGUCACUCCCUCCACAGCCUUGGCCUCCUUUGCCAGAGGACUGGGGGAAGCUGGGAUCUGAGAGCUUGGGCUCUGGCCCUUGGGGGCAGCUCUGCUCUUCCUGGCCCAAACUGCGGGAGGAGGAUUGAGUCCAGCAGGCCAUGGGGAAGUGGAGGCCUGUUCCCCACAGGGUGGGGUGGAACUAGAGGCCUGGGCUCCCCUGUUCCCAUGGUGAGAGUGCAGGUGUGUGGCAGUGAGCACAGCCCCCAAGGUUGGGAUGGUGGCUGUGGGGGUGGUUGUGGGGCACAGGAAGGACCUAGAGGCAGGGGGUAGCAACUUGUCCAGGUCUAGAGUACAGGGCGUCUCUCCCCAGCCCCUUGGUGUGCCUGUAGGUCCUCUGGAGAUGGGAACCCUCCAGCCCCCUCACACCGAGUUCUCGGCUCCCUCCUGCCACCUCCACCAAUGGUGAGAAGAGAGAGCAGGUUGGCCGUGGGAAGAGACCUUCCAGAUCCUGCAGGGCCCUGGGGAUCUUGCCUCCCUCCCCAGAGCCCCCGUUUCGGGGCACCAGAGGACAAGGGGUGGGGUCCUGGGCAAGGAGACGGGACUGAUGGGGGUGCUGGAGGCUUCUUUGACAGCCUCAUUCUCCCAGUCUGGCUGGGAAGUCCCAGCUUUCCUGAGACUGCGUCCCUGCCCUGGAGUUUGAAUCCUGACAGCAGUGCCAUUGAGACCCAGAGCAGCAGUUCCGAAGAGAUAGUGCCCAGCCCUCCCUCACCACCACCCCUUCCCCGCAUCUACAAGCCUUGCUUUGUCUGUCAAGACAAAUCCUCAGGCUACCACUAUGGGGUCAGCGCCUGUGAGGGCUGCAAGGGCUUCUUCCGCCGCAGCAUCCAGAAGAACAUGGUGUACACGUGUCACCGGGACAAGAACUGCAUCAUCAACAAGGUGACCCGGAACCGCUGCCAGUACUGCCGGCUGCAGAAAUGCUUCGAAGUGGGCAUGUCCAAGGAGUCCGUGAGGAACGACCGGAACAAGAAGAAGAAGGAGGCACCCAAGCCCGAGUGCUCCGAGAGCUACACGCUGACGCCGGAGGUGGGCGAGCUCAUCGAGAAGGUGCGCAAAGCGCACCAGGAGACCUUCCCCGCCCUCUGCCAGCUGGGCAAGUACACUACGAACAACAGCUCAGAACAGCGUGUCUCUCUGGACAUCGACCUCUGGGACAAGUUCAGUGAACUCUCCACCAAGUGCAUCAUUAAGACUGUGGAGUUCGCCAAGCAGCUGCCCGGCUUCACCACCCUCACCAUCGCUGACCAGAUCACUCUCCUCAAGGCUGCCUGCCUGGACAUCCUGAUCCUGCGGAUCUGCACGCGGUACACGCCCGAGCAGGACACGAUGACCUUCUCGGACGGGCUCACCCUGAACCGGACCCAGAUGCACAACGCCGGCUUCGGCCCUCUCACAGACCUGGUCUUUGCCUUCGCCAACCAGCUGCUGCCCCUGGAGAUGGAUGACGCUGAGACUGGGCUGCUCAGCGCCAUCUGCCUCAUCUGUGGAGACCGGCAGGACCUGGAGCAGCCAGACAGAGUGGACAUGCUGCAGGAGCCGCUGCUUGAGGCACUGAAGGUCUAUGUGCGGAAACGGAGGCCCAGCCGCCCACACAUGUUCCCCAAGAUGCUAAUGAAGAUCACAGACCUGCGGAGCAUCAGUGCUAAGGGGGCUGAGCGGGUGAUCACGCUGAAAAUGGAGAUCCCGGGCUCCAUGCCACCUCUCAUCCAGGAAAUGCUGGAGAACUCAGAGGGCCUGGACACUCUGAGCGGACAAGCGGGGGGUGGGGGGCGGGAUGGGGGCGGCCUGGCUCCCCCACCUGGCAGCUGCAGCCCCAGCCUCAGCCCCAGCUCCAACAGAAGCAGCCCGGCCACCCACUCCCCGUGACCGCCCACGCCCCGUGGACACAGCCCUCGCCCCAUGCCCUGGCUUUUUUUUUGCCUUUCUACCAAUCAUGCGACCCCUGCCAGCCCUGCCCCUCACCUGUCCUCCCCUGGGGACCAGAGGGAGAAGGCGGCGACUCUUCGACUCAUCGGACAGAGGCGAGGCCGGCCAAGAUGGACUCCAGCUCCUGCGGCCUGGGCUGACAUCGAGGGCCAGGCCGUGAACUGAGUGAGGACUUCUAGUCUUGGGUGUCAGGUCUCGGGAUGGGGCCUGGGGGCCUCGUGUUCAUCAAGACACCCUCCGCCCACCUCGCCACAUCUUCAUCACCAGCAAAUGCCAGGACCUGGCUCCCCCAUCCUCAGAACUUGCAAGCCAUUGCCCCCCACCCCUGGUUGGGGAACCCCCCUGCCUCGGUUGGUGACAGAAGGGGUGGGCCAGGGGUGGGGGAGUCCCCCUGUACAUACUCUGCCGUACCAACCCCCAGGUAUUAAUUCUCGCUCGUUUUGUUUUUAUUUUAAUUUUUUUUUGGUUUUGAUUUUUUUAAUAAGAAUUUUCAUUUUAAGCACAUUUAUACUGAAGGAAUCUGUGCUGUGUAUUGGGGGGAGCUGGAUCUAGAGCUGGAGGGGGUGGUCCUAGGGGAGGGAAGCGGCUCAGAAGGGGCUCCCACUCUCUCUCUGUCCCUGUGCCCCCAGCCCUCCUCCCCAGCCUUUUCCUCCUUGGUUUUUUCUUCAAAACUGUGAAGUACUAACUUUCCAAGGCCUGCCCUCCCCUUCUCCCUCUGCCUAACCACUGGGCAUGGACAGCUUCUGGGCAACCCCUAGAAGGAGGGGGGCUCACCCAAGAGAUGGGGCAGGGACGAAGCCAGGGGGCCCUCAGAACACGAGUGUGUGUUUCUCAGCCCUGUGUCCUUGGCCAACCUGCCUCUCCAUCAGGGGCCACAUCAUCUUAGCCCUCCAGUCCUCUUGUGCCCCUCCCCCAUGAAGGGGCUGGCCAGGGGUUCCGAGCCCUGCCCCCCAGCCUCACAGCCACCAGCACCGCCCACAGGGCCCCCCCCCCAGACACACACACACACACACAGUGGACAGAAGGGCCGACAGACACACGUGGCCUGACUUCCUCCAUUUUCCUGGCCUGCCCCCCACCCACACCCAUGCCCCCUCCUUGCCCCGCAGGACGGGCCUACAGGGGGUCCCCUCCCCUCCCCCCUGCACCCCUGGACUAGGGGAGCUGGCUCUGCCCUGCCCUCCUUGUUCCAGAGCUGGGGUCUCAUCCCCCCGGAGCCCGCUGGUGCACCUGUUACUGUUGGACUUUCCACUGAGAUCUACUGGAUAAAGAAUAAAGUUAUAUUUAUUCUA